UCAAUGUCCUCAACUCCCCUCUUACCUACCCUCUACGCCAUCCUACCUUCUUCUUCCCAUACUCAAACAUUAGCAAGAUUAUCGCUUCUCGCCAUCCAUGUUGAAUCGUUAGACCUACAAGAUGAUAUCUACCUAGCUAUUCAACCCGUCUUACCAGGUAGAAGAACACUUCGAAUUAGGACCAAACGAAUCAUCAAACAUUUACCAAAGAAAAAUCCCUCAGAGAGAUUAGAUAUUGGAGAGAUGGACGAAAGGAAAGAACAAUACGAGAUCGUUUAUUUAUCUUCACCUCUUUCAGGUAGAGAAUAUAGUUCUGUUAAUGUUAGAGCUUGUCAAAGUUUAGAUGUCGUUGGUUUUGUGGAUAAAGAUGAAGUUGUGGGGUUUGUCGAGGGAUUAGGAUUUAGUCAUUCUCAUUCCUUCAAACAAAAAGGAACCUUAUUCCACAUCCCAAUCCCAGGUAUACCAAUGACAUUCCAUCUUUCCGUCACUCAAUUAAUUCCUUUAUCCUCUUCCUCUAUCCAUAACAAUCAAGAUCUUAAUGAUUAUCUGAUACAACUUUAUCCAUCUAGACCUGUUCAUACUGUUUCUUCAAAUCAAGAACCGGAUUUACAAAGUAUGAUGAAUCUUUUAUCAGAUUUGACAGGAAAAUUAGAUUGGUUAGAAUGGGGUUCUGGGAGAUGA